AUUCAGCUGCCAAAUUUGGCCUUAGGUGGUCGAUCUCGAUCGGUGGACAGGCGGGAGUGGACAAUUUUGGGUCGAAUUUGGUCGACCCAGGUCCGCCAUCCCAACUCGACUGGCCGAACGGCAGCUGGCCAUUUUGGCCGUAGGUGGUCGAUCCCGGUCGGUGGACAGACGGAGAGUGGACAAUUUUGGGUCGAAGUUGGUUGACCCAGGUCCACAAUCCGGACUGCAGCUGGCCGAACAGCAAGUGGCGAGAACAGCCCUCUUCGCGCGCCUGAAAACUUCUGUCAACUCCGGUCUCCGGUCAACUCCGGUUACAGAUGGAAGGAUUCGAGGAAAACUUCUGGAAGAAGGCGGAAGCACAAUUGAAGUGCCCCGUGCCCGCGCAUCUGAAGAGAGUGCUGCAAAGAACGGGGUACUUGAACUGUGCCUUGGAGGAUCUAAGUGAAGGCCAGAUACGGUCCAUCGAGGAAGACAUCAGAAGCCUCCCAGAACUUACGAACCUUCGACCCGGAAAUCCAAAAAUUGCUGAAUUCUGUGGGGAAUAUACAGAGAAAUGUGCAGACUUCAAGUUGAUGGCAGGCGAAAGGGCUUUGCUGCUCAAACUGUCUCAAGUCGUCAAAGCAAAAGGAUGGGGCUUCUUCCUAAAAGGAAGCAAAUCAAAACGUCCAGGUCCAGGUGCAACGCGAGGUGACUCCACUGAUGAGCUUGCACUGAGGCUGAAGCUGAAAGACUAUUUUGCUGCGAGACACGACGGAAGCGUCGAGUACGACAGAUUGUGCCAGGGCCUCGAUCAUGUUUCGAUUAGUUUUGAUGUCAAGAACAGUCGAGUCAAAAUUGCAUGCCCACUUUGCGAGACUGUCCAGGCCACCUGUAACACGGAACGAAGCGGUUCCUGGAAGAUCACCAACUUUGUGACUCACGUCAAAAAUCAUUGGAAGAAGCCGGACGAACCUGCAGAAAAACGUCAAAGAACGGCUCUUCUGAUUGAACGUGUACCAUCUGAACCUUCCCGAUCGCAAAGCCAGUCCGCAUCCGAUAGCUUGGACAGAAACGAACUCACCACCUCGCUCACGACGACGAGUGCGACUUAUGAUGACUUCACAAUCGAAUCAAUUCCAUUUGUUGACCCAGAUGACCAACGUGAAGACCAGGACGCAACUUCGACCGAGGCGCUAGACUCCGACAUUCCAGAGAAUUUAAACUAGCUGUGUGCCAACAGAGGGCCGAUGCUGGCACAGCUGAACAAGGCCGCAAGAAAUCUCCACGCCUGAUCGAUCUACUGCAAAAUGUUCACGAAAAAUCGGAAAAUUUGGAGAAAUUAAACGGAAUGCGCUACACACAGAGAGAACUGGACCUGUUUUUGUAUCAGUACGUUCAAGGAGGAGCUCAUUUUUAUCAAGAUCAACGAGCGAACGCAAUCUGCCCAAGCCAGGCGACUCUCAAAAGAUUGUUGAGCAAGAAAGCCGAACGUUUUGAAGAAGGUCAACUGCGAAUACACGAGCUGGCACGGUUCCUCGAAAAAAAUAAUUUGCCAAAGGCUGUUGUUUUGAGCGAGGAUGCCACCAAAAUAAACGGACAAAUUGAGUAUGACCAUGCAAAAGCGCGAAUAUGUGGCCUCGUAGCUCCGUUCAAUGCUAACGGAAUGCCAGAGAGCAAUAUUUUCAGAACAACCAACCCAGUACAAGUCCUAAACAAUAUAAACAACUAUCCGGUGGGCCGUAACGUCUACGUUUGCAUGGCGCAGCCAUUGGAAGCAGGGUCACCGUCGUUCUGUUUGCAGUAUUUUUGCAGCGAUAACAAAUUUACUGCAAAGCAAGUAACCACAAGAUGGAAGCAUUACAGAGAGGUUAUGGACAAAGAAGGAAUUAUAAUUGUCGGACAUGCCAGUGACGGAGAUCCUCGACCAAUCGGAUCCAUGCUUGAUGGUAUGGAGAUGCCGAGCAGUUCUAAUUCAACAUAUGGAGAUGACUAUUGCGCAACGGCGCUCCCCGAACGCGUUUACAUGCAGGAUUACACCCACGGCGUAAAUAAGCUGAAAGUGAAAAUCUUAAAGAAAGAUGUUGAGUUGCUUUUAGGAAAAUUUAAAAUAUCACGACUCCAUCUUGAGACACUCCUUGCAAAUGUUCAUAAGAGUGUGCACGGACUUUCUCCAGCGGACCUGAAUGACGGGGACAAGAUGAAGUUCCAGCCUGCUCUGCGUAUGUCGAAACAAUGCGUUAUCGAUGCGCUGAGAGCACACGUCCCCGAAAGCAACGCAACAGCCUUGUAUCUCACUAUGAUGAAGGAUAUUGUGGACACAUUUAUUACCAGAACAGAACUCUGUCCAGUUAAAAACGUGUUCAAAAUUUGGCACGUACUAUUCAUCUUGCGGGCUUGGCGGAACAUGUGCAUGAGAAAAUACAACGGUA